ACCUACCUACCUACCCAUCUCCUUGGCACUUGUUGCUCGCCUCAUCCUUGCCUACCUGCUUACUUACCUAUCUACCUAUAGCAUGGACACAUGGCAUGCAUACCUACCUACCUACCUACCUACAGACCAGCAUCUCACAUCCCGUCCCUAGCCUGCGCCCGCGUAGACAUGCAUGGGCGAGAUGUCGGUACAUAAGGUAGAGAGGUAGGUAGGUAGGUAGGUAGGUAGGUCAGGCAGUCCACCGUAGCAUCCCCCGCCCGCCUCUCUCUCUUCCUUCUUCCCCACCCGAUCUCAACCAAAAAAUGCAACUCUGCUACACGCACAUAGGCAUUUGCAGAUACGCUCACCUUCGCAAAGCCCCGCCGCCAAGACGAAGUCGAAGCUUGGGGGCCCAAUGGCAGAGCAGCCAAGCAGCCUGCGGGAGUAAACAACAAGUUGCGUGCGCAGCGACGGCACCAACCUAUCGCAGGUGGGGUAGGGGAAGGAUAAGGGAGCGGGACGGGCCAAUGGCCGGGCGCUGGGAAGAGGGAGGGGAGGGGUCUCCCCCCAUCCUGCCAUCCUACCAUCCUGCCCGCCAGAACAUCCUCGAUCCCGGCCAGCCCACGCACGCAACGCACGCACGGGUAAGAGACGAAAGAAGCAAAGAAAAAGACAAAAACAGUCGACGACGAAUGAUGCUCGCUCGAUCGCGGCCCGGAUAUGGCGUGGUACGGCAACAUACCUACUCGCCCGCUCGCCUCGCUUCGCUUCGCGCCUCCUCUCUCUCUCUCUCUCUCUCUCGUCUGGCAUCGUCUGCUCGAUCCAGGACUGCCGCCCAGACGAAAAGAGGAAAACGAAUUAAGGGAAAGACAAAAGAACCACGGGACAAGACGACGCUACGAACACCCCCCACCCCCCCUUUCCCCUUCCGCACCCCCCCGUCCCAUCGAGAGCCCUCGAUCUGCGUCUACGCCGGCCUGCCUGCCUACCUACCUAUCCAGGUAUGUCGACCCAGAAAUGCUGGGAGCAGCGCGCUCCCGUGCGUGAGACACACGUAGAAGGAAAGAAGGGGGGGGCCGCGAGGACUGCCCGUCAUCGCUGGCGCAGGGAGGCACGUACGUGUUAUCAUUAUCACAUAUGUAUAUAUAUACCCAUAUAUACCUCUAUAUAUAAAUGAAUGAAUGUAUGAGUAUGUAUGUGGUAAGACUAGACGCGCAUUAUGGAGAGAGUCACCACUGCCACCACCACAGCCAUUACCAACUACCACGAUUGCUAAUGCUACGCACGCAGCCAAGCACCCGGAAGCGGGAGCCAAAUACCAAAAAAAAAAAUAAAAAUAAAAAGAGAAAAGAAAAGAAAAAC